UUUCUGUAAACAAAAAAAGGUGUUAACUUUUGAAUGGAGCAGUCACGAGACGUCCAUGAAAUCUCUGCUUUGAAUUCAUCUUUCUACUGUCAACUCCCUAAUCCCUUCAUCUUCUUACAAAAAGCCGUGAAAAUCUCUUCCUUUCUUCCUGCAACCAUCUACAUUUUCAUCUUCAUAGCUUUUAUCUGUAUUGUGCAACUUUUGUGUAUUAGAUUAGAUGUCUCUGCGCCUUUUCCUUUUUGUAUGUACAUAUAAAACCAGUUUUAGAAUGGAAACUACCCCUCUCCCCUGUUUGUCCCAAGAAGUUGCUAUGUUUUCUUUGGCUCUGUGACUAAUUUCUUCGAUCAAAUUCAUGAAUACCCAUCUCUGCUUCUCAUUUUUCUACAGAACCCAUGUAUUUGAACCAGUUCAUGCACUUUCUCAAAUCAAUUCACACAUUCAGAAGGAAGACUCCUUUUGAUUGUUUGUUUUGACACCCACAAAUAAAUUUAAAGGAAGCAUCUUCGCCGCAGAAUAAAGUAAAAAAAGAAAAAGAAAAGAAAAGAAACAGGAGCUACCAAAAGAACAAGUGGUUGGAAUGGCGGGUUUGUGUUUUCAUGCAUUUCGGCUUCGGAGAUCGAAGAGCAAAUCUUUUACGAUCCCUUCGUCAUCGAAAAGCCAGCUGAAUUCAGAAAUGGAGAACAUGGAGAAGAGGAGAUUUGACAGCUUAGAGUCAUGGUCAAUGAUAUUGGAGUCUGAGAAUGUGGAGGCCUGGGAGGUCUCAAAGGAGGACCAAGAGGAAUGGACUGCUGACCUCUCUCAGUUAUUUAUAGGUAACAAGUUUGCCUCUGGUGCCCACAGUAGGAUUUAUCGUGGAAUUUAUAAGCAGAGAGCUGUUGCGGUCAAAAUGGUUAGAAUUCCUAACCAAAACGAGGACACUCGAACUUUGCUCGAGCAGCAAUUCAAAUCUGAAGUUGCUUUGCUUUCCCGUCUCUUUCAUCCCAAUAUAGUGCAGUUCAUUGCAGCUUGUAAAAGGCCACCUGUGUACUGUAUCAUCACUGAAUACAUGUCACAAGGAACUCUGAGGAUGUAUCUCAACAAGAAAGAGCCUUAUUCUCUGUCAACAGAAACAAUACUGAGGUUAGCACUUGAUAUCUCACGAGGAAUGGAGUAUCUUCAUUCACAAGGAGUGAUCCACAGAGAUCUCAAAUCAAAUAAUUUGCUUCUAAAUGAUGAAAUGCGAGUUAAGGUAGCAGAUUUUGGUACGUCAUGCCUAGAAACACAGUGUCGAGAAACCAAAGGAAACAAAGGAACUUACCGCUGGAUGGCACCUGAGAUGAUCAAGGAAAAACCCUAUACUCGAAAAGUUGAUGUGUAUAGUUUUGGCAUUGUGUUAUGGGAGCUCACUACAGCUUUGCUUCCCUUUCAAGGAAUGACUCCUGUACAGGCCGCAUUUGCUGUGGCUGAGAAGAACGAGCGACCUCCAUUGCCAGCCAGUUGCCAGCCUGCACUUGCACACUUGAUAAAGCGUUGCUGGGCAGCAAACCCAUCAAAGCGACCAGACUUCAGUUACAUUGUUUCUGCGCUGGAGAAGUAUGAUGAAUGCGUGAAAGAGGGCCUUCCUCUUACUUCACACCCAGGGCUUGUCAACCGAAAUGCCAUCCUUGAACGCUUAAAAGGCUGUGUAUCCAUGAGCUCAUCUAUACCUGUACAUGCAUAGGUUGAUUGCGAGGUAUGUAAUGGCAUUUUUAUAAGGUGAUUAACUUGUAUAUGAUGUUAUUUAAAUUAAUUAUGUAAGCUCAUGGUCUACAAGUGGCAUAUCAAUAAGGUUGAAGAGGUGUAGUUCAAUGUUUGGGAUUUGCGCUCCCCAAUUAUGAUUGUUUGAUUUUAACUUAGAAUGUGAUAUAACUGGGGAAAAGAAUGAAGAAUGUUGCAACUAUCCAGUGGUGUGUAGGCCAUCAUCCUUGCAAGCUAGAGAAACUAUAAUUUAGAUUCUUCAAACCAGUUAUGGCAAUGUAUAAAAUGAAGAAUGUUGCUGUUUUUUCCUUUAUUAUUAUUUUAAUAAGUUCAUACAUACAUCAUAGAUUUAUCCUAGAUAGCGAAAAGAUCUAUUUGUUUCUCUGUU